UCUCCUGCAAUAGUAGUGUCUCUGACUAAUAAUGAUGAUUCGAAUAAGCUUAAUCUUUAAAGUUAAUGUGAGCAUUCUGUUGCUCUUUGCAAUUAGUGCUGAUUUGUCUCACGAUGGCAACAACGGUGAAAAUAUUUCAAAAUUGAUUUACGAAUUUAUCACCAACUAUAAACGGUUGAAAUUUGGCAUAGUGUUCACGUGUUCGCGAGAAGUAAGCGAGGACAUUUUACCGUUUAACAUCGUGACAAAGCAAUUAAUGCGCGGGAAUGUGACGCUCAGAGCAGUUAGUGUCGACGAUUACGACGAGCUGAAUUGUUCAAAUUUUGGAAAUUAUGCACAAUUAAUGCGUGGAUUAAUUGCUCAUCAUCAGUUUGUCCUGCUCGAUAUGAAUUGUCCGAGGGCGAAUAAAGUGCUGUUUGAGGCCUCGCGAUACGAGCUUUUCAACGCUUCGUUCCACUGGCUGAUAAUUGAUAAAAAAGCAUCAUCCACCAACGACGACGAAGCCCCGGACGGCACCGGCCCGGAUCGAUUACAGCGCGGACAAUGGCGCAAUUGCCGGCGGCGGUCGCAGGUUCCACCACUUUUUGGCCGUGGUCCUCCUGCUGUCAGCGGUGGGAACAACGGCAGCUUCUGUUCCGACGAUGGCGAUGAAGAUACUACCACGUUGGACCGCCUGGAAACAAUGAACAUCAGCAUCAACGCGGAAAUAACACUGGUCCGGGAGUCCAGCGUGGCCGGUGGUGCCACGGCCAACGGUGACCGGCGCCGGAAGGUCUAUGCGCUCUUUGAUAUUUGGAACCCCGGCUUCAUCAGCGGUGGCCAGCUGAACGUAACCGCCAUGGGAAAUUACGUCGUGGACAACGCCGGUGGUGGCCGGUUGACCGUGUGGUUCCACCAGAGUACCGUUGUCCGCCGCCGGGACAUGCGAGGCCUUAAGCUGAAGAUAAUGACCGUCGUUACGCAGCGUCCGGGCAUCCCGUUCGAGGUGUACCUGGCGACGCCGAACAACACCCACCUGGACUCGGUCCACCGGUACAAUUUCGGGCUCAUGUCCUACAUCAGGGAUUACUUCAAUUUCAGUUUCAUCAUGCGCCGGACCAAGAGUUGGGGCUAUCUGCGGAACGGAACCUUCGACGGGAUGAUUGGGGCACUGUCCAGGCGGGAGGUCGAUCUCGGUGGGUCGCCGAUGUUUUUUCGCCAGGAACGGCACCGGGUCGUGAGCUACACCACGCGAUCCUUCAUGGAAAGGCCAUGCUUCAUCUUCCGACAUCCCAAGCGGCAGAGCACAAUGCGGAACCCUUUCCUGCUGCCGUUCGAGACCGUAAUCUGGUAUUUGAUGGUGUUUUGCGGAGCCCUGCUGGUGGUGGUCCUGUUCGCCAGCUACCAUUUUGAGGAAUCAGAGAAUCCACCGUUUCCUGCGGUAUCAGCAGAAAGUGGAACAUCCGGCAAAAUCUUCACGUUUGUGGAUCUUGAAUGA